AUGUUAGUGUUUGCAGUCUGUUUGCUGCUGAGUGCCGUUCCGCGGGCCUUCUACCCGCUGCCGAGCCUCCCGCCGCCGGCGGUCAAGGUUGAGCUCGGGGCCAGCCCGUGCAAGACGAUGGCAGCGUCGUCGGUGGCGAUGGAGGCCGGGCGGGCGGCAGCGGCUGUACUGUCGCGGGCGGGGCAUGCGAUCCGAUCGCAUGUCCUCAACUCGGUGCUCGCGCCGGAGGAUGAUGAGCCGGUAGAGGACAAGAUGAAGCAAGUCGCCGAUGCGCUGCGGGCAUCGGCCGAGGCGCUGGAGCAGCUGCUGGAGCCUGCGGCGGCAGCGAGACUGCACGAGGACAGAGGGGAUGCAAAGGCGGGCGAUAAGGCUACAGGGCAGCGAUUGCGCUUUCAUGCACGCGGCUCGCGGUCGAUCGGCGAUGAGCCGGCGGCGGUAAGAGCGUUCCGCGCCGGCAAGGUCGACUGGCACGAUAUGGUGCCGCAGAUCGCGCCGUCCGCUGAGCCCGAGUAUGACUAUACGCGGCUGGUGGACGCCGAAAAGCGGUUGAGCGCGAUGCUGAUGGCACCGACCGGCCUUCCGCCACAGAUCCGUGUGCCGGAUGGGACCGACCACGGUCCGCUGGAGCCGUAUCUGAUGUGCGAGCUGAGCUCGGACCCGUGCCUCAUGCACGAUCGCGAGGGCUGUCUCGCCAACUCGUGGUGUGGAUGGUGCUUGUCGAGCAGCGUGUGCCUCACCCGUGCAGCGCCCGGACCUCUUUGCCCUGACGGCGAGGUGCUGGAGGUCAAGCCGGCACCGGCCUGGGUGGCUGGCCACACAGCGUGGAGCAUCGUCCGUGGCAACAAGCUCGCCGCUGUCGGCAAUGCAACCGCCGAGUGCAAGGUCCAAGUGUAUGAGCCGGUCAUUACGGUCUCGAUUGCCAACGCGGCUCAGCGGGCGAUGUACUACCAUUGGUGGGCCGAGCUCUACGCGCCGUACUAUCAACGCGUAGUGAGCAAGGGCGUGACGUCGGGCGAGUUUGUGGCGCUCGUGACCGGCGGCGAUGCGCAAACACAUUGCGCCUUUCUCGACACGCUGACGCUCCUCUCCAACAAUUGCUACCGCAAGAUUUGGGCCGAGGCCGACGUUGAACCGGAGCGCGCGCGCCUGGGGAUUAUCACGCGCACCAACAAGCGGUUCCUCCUCAACGACCGCGAGCUUGCGCUGGCGGCUCGGAACCAGCUCGGAGUCGAGGUCGCACUGCUGCGGCUAGAGGACAUGACGCUGUACGAGCAGAUUUCAGAGAUGCGGAGCAUCACCGCGCUGGUUGCCAUCCACGGUUCGGGCCUGGUGAACGCUCAGUUUCUUGCUACCGAAGCUGCGGCUGUCCAGAUCUGGCCGCAUGGUCUGCCCACGGGCGAUCGGUACUUUGGCAGCUUCUUUGCCCAGUCGCAGUCGUCGCUCUCCGAGUGGGUCCACCCGGACCGCAAGACCUCGCAUCUGCACUGGCACUUUCUCGCGCCGCACGUUGACGAGGCCACCAAGGCAGAAUAUGACACCAAGACGUUUGAUGGGCGCAACCAGGGCGAGUUCUUCGGUUUUUGGAUACAGCAAGACCUGAUUGUGGCCGAGAGUGACUUUCUCGGCCUCGUCCGCGACCUCUUGGCCACCGGCGUCAACAAGCGCAUCCCGCACGCGGCAGCGGACGAGACCCCGCCAUCAACGCCACCACUGCCGGUGGUCGGCCGGAUCGGCGGAAAGACGCUGCAGACUGGGGUGAUGUGUUUUGAUGACGGCAAGGUUGUCGGGCUGGUGCGAAUGGAUCCGACCCGCGAGGCCCGGGCAUGGGCUUGGCUCAGCUCUGUUGCCAUGGUUUGCGAGUGUCUGGUGGUGGGUUUGUGGCUUGCGUCGCGGGUCCGGGUGUGGGCCAUGGACGGGAUGCGGCUCGACUGAUCGCCAUAACAGCGCACCAUGAUGGCCAUGACAACGAUACAAUGCUGGCCAGCCAGAGAACCUAAGUUUAGUCAAUAAUUAAGUAAGAUGUGCUCC